AUUUUUUUUCCCAAGAGCUGCUACAGAGAAGACAGACGGAUACGAAUCUUGGCUGAGAAAUCUGUCUAUAAGCCAGUGCAGCCCAGAAGCUGUAGUCAGCCUGAAUUUCAUUCCUAUUUACCUAUUCACUGUGGCGACAGGGAGUAACAAAACUCCUUCAUCAAAAAUGUUCCUCUGCAGCGCAGUCCUGUAGUGUGAUGGACAGCAUCUGUAUGAAGGCUUUUCGUGUUCUCUGCUGUAAUCAUCACCCUCUACUUUCUUUGGAAAAUACUUCCUGCUAAUUGUCUCGCUGUUUUUGUGAACUGCCAGAGCUGCCAAUUGAUUCUUCCAUUAGGGCAUCAUAAUGGUGAUGUGCAGAGAAAGAUCGUCUGCUUUUCUCGGUAUUUGUGUGGAGUUCGACCUCAAUGCGCAAGACUGAAAACGGGAAUGGCACACCGGAGGACGGAGACCACGACGGCAUGUUUUGGAGUUGUGACAAAGAAAAUCCGGAGCCUUUUCCGGCACUUCCCAAAGUCAAAGUCAUGGUCAGAAGGCUUUCAGCUUCUCCCAACACCCAGCCAUGAGCUACUCAUAGUCAGAGAUUAUAAAUUAUCUCGGCACUGGGAAUGUCAGAGCCUGAUACAUCUAGAGCAAAGUGAUAUAACUGACCCGGUAUCUCCAGAGAAAACAUUCGUCCUCCAUCUGCAGAAGGUUCAAGAUGAGCCAAAAGAAGAAAAAAAGCCCAGCAUCCAAGAAUUAAGGCAGAGAAUAGAGACCUUCAACAUGAUGGUUCAGAACGGCCUAAUUAUGAAGAUGAGAGAGGAUGGCACUUAUAAUGGAUUCAUUAAGGUGCAUCUGAAGCUUCAACGUCCAGUGACUGUAACGGACAAACCUGAGUCUUCAUCCGUUAUCACUAUGAAAGCAAUUUCAUCAAGUAGUCCAGUGGAGAAAAAGACUUCCUUCUACCUGCCCCUGGAUGCUGUAAAACAACUUCACAUCAGCAGUUUGACCACCACCAGUGAAGUCAUCAGGGGUCUUCUACAGAAGUUCCAAGUGGUGGAUGAUCCUCUCAAAUUUGCACUGUUCAAGCAAAUGCAAAAGGAUGGACAAGUUCUCUUUCAGAAGCUUGCACUAACAGAGCAUCCGCUAUACUUGCGGCUUUUAGCUGGACCAGAAACUGAAAAACUUAGCUUUGUACUGAAGGAAAAUGAGACAGGAGAAGUUCAAUGGGAAGCCUUCACUGUUCCAGAACUACAAAACUUCUUGUUGAUAUUGGAGAAAGAAGAAAAAGAGAAAGUACAACAAGUGCAAAAGAAAUACACUGCCUUUCGUCAGCACUUGCAGGAAGCUCUCACAAAAGCCACAAUGAAAACUCUGUAACUUUAAAUCUCCAGUGGAGAGAACAAGACAGAACAAGGAUAUUUAGGUCUUGGGAGGUAGCAUGAUUGGUUGCAUAGGCAUCUACCUCCGAGGCAAUGGACAAAGAAGAAGAAGAACAAUUUCUGGCUGAAAUGUUACAAGUUGUGCCUUCAAUGGACACGUCAAAGGCAGGAGAAAUUUGCACUUUUUGACCCAUUAUAAGUCACCUAGUUUUAUAGACCAAAACAAAGGCUCCAAUAUCUCAGGGUCAUAGCCUUUACAUUGUAUUUUAUACUUACAAUAAAGUCAAGAUGUCCCUGACAUCCACCUUGCAACAAGGCAUCAGGAGCUUGGCACAUGUCAGGUGAACAAGAUGAAGAGCCAUAAUUACCUUUGGUGAAUUGUCAUGGUCCUACAACGCUUUUCAGGCCAUGUAUUCUUCUCCGAUUAAAUAACUGUCCUAUUUAUUUAUUUAUUGCACAAAGUGAAGUUAUUCAAUAGUAAGUGAAUAGUAAACGCUGCUUUAAGCCAUUGAAGACGUCACAAAGAAGAGCAUCAGCAGGUAGUUUGCUUAGGGGUGUGAUUUAUAGUUUUACCAUCCAAAAGUCUAAAUGUGAAAAGUACUGGAUGAACUGUUUACAGACUUGGAACGCAGCGAUGCUUUGCUGUCUUUACAAGAUAUGAAGUUACAAGAAACGAGCCUUACAUGUAUCAUACUGCAAAUCAUUUUGAUUUCAUGAAAAAAAAUAGCUAUAUUUAUACAUGAAUGACUCGCAACUUUCCAUUCAGUUCUU